AUGGCGGCUCUCUCCUCUCUGCUCAGAUCUGCUCCCAUUAACACCGGAGGAAGAGGUCGCUCAGAGGUCGCCGAGGUCAGCCCUAGAAUCUCCGCCGCCCCCACCGGCGACCUCAAGAACUGGGACAGGGACUUCGUCAAGGUCGACCAGGCCACCCUCCUCAGCCUCAUCCUGCUGCACUCUUUGCUGCUUGAGAAACCAGAGCCUAUACCUGAGGACAGUGAUGAUCCAAAAUGGAAAUAUUUCAAGAACUGUUUGGGUGCCUUAGAUGGUACUCAUGUUAAGGUUAUUGUCCCAGUAGACAUUAAACGGAGGUAUAGGUCGAGGAAGGCUGAGAUUAGUACCAAUGUCUUAGGUGUUUGUGGACCUGACAUGAAGUAUAUUUACAUGUUGCCUGGAUGGGAGGGCUCUGCCCAUGAUGGGAGAGUUUUAAGAGAUGCUAUCUCACGCCCUAAUGGUUUACGAGUACCUGCGGACCAAUAUUACCUAGUUGAUGCUAGAUACACAAAUGGGAAGGGUUUUUUAGCUCCAUACCGAGGACAGAGGUAUCAUAUUGGUGGUUGGACCGCACAAAAUCCACCAAAUAGCGCUGAAGAAUAUUUCAACAUGUGUCAUGCUAAAGCUAGAAACAUUGUUGAGAGGUCUUUUGCUAGAAUCAAGAAUAAAUGGGCAAUUUUGAGGUCUCCAUGCUUCCUCUAA